AUGUUCCCACAAUCGGAAUUGGAAAAUUAUAAACUGCAAGUGGAAUUGUUGCAAGAAAAAUUACAAAGAAGUGAAAUAUCACGCCAACAAUUAGAGCAUAAAUUGGAUAAGAUUUUACAAAAACGUGAUGAACAUGACAAAAUUCUUCGAACAAAAUCGAAACAAAAAUAUCAACAAUUUCUGGAAGAGCAACAGCGGCGAAAUGAACGCAAUCGCCAGUUGGUAGAGAUGUUGGAACGCAUCGAACAACAGACGGCCGCUAUGAAUGCUCGGAGUGAAAGGUUGAAGAUGAUGAAGCUCCAAUAUGAAAUGUAUUUUGCCAAAUUGGUGCAUUCCCAGACACGGCGAUGUUUGCAGACAUCGGUUAUGGCCACACCACCGCCAGCCAUGGUAACGCCUUCUGUCAUCGCUUCAGUAACUGGUGGUGGUGGUCCUGUAAUGCCGCCAAGAAUCAUGACAAAUAUUCCAAAUGCUUCCCCUAUGGAUGGUGGUGGCGGGGUAUACCCCAAAUUGUAUGAGGAACCCCUUGGAAUGCCAUCUAAUUACCCGAGAUAUGAAAUGGGCCGCUCAGUAGAUAAUUUAUCUGAAUCACCGCUAAUGGGAAUGUCCAAUUCGGAAUACACUUUAAAUACGUCAUCCUUUCGAAGUGAUGAUCGAGGUGGAGAUUUGCCGCCAAAGCCUUAUUCCACCCCCAUUCCGGAUAGGUAUCAGGAGAAUAUUGUGGCAAUGCAAAGAGGUCACGAUGUUAGGCCUCCAAUUACACCCAAGGGAUAUGAAUUGAAAGCUUCCAAUGAGUCGGAUGUUUUAAAGGCAAAGGCAGCUUCACAAGUUGCGGAUUAUAAUUUGCCAGUAACUUCGGCGCCAUUAUCUUCCACAAGGGAUCCAAAUAUUGUGAGAAUUCGACCUGAGGAAAAUAUCGAACCCGUGGCUAAUUUCCAAAACAAUGGAAAUAAAAUUGCCCCGCCGAAAAUCAAUGGUGAGGAUGGUAGGGAAGAGAAUGGAAAUAUCACUCAAAAUCCAGUUGAACCCAGAAGGGAAGCUCCGGGCCAAGUUCAAAGGGAGGAAACUAGUGGAGGGAUUCAAAAAAUUACAUGUGAGUCGCCUGUUUCGGAAACUCCAUUAAAUUUGAAGGAACCUUCCAAACCCUUUAAUGGUUCAGGAAAUCCCGAAAAUUCUCAGGCCUUAUAUCCCGAAGAAAAACCAAUUCUAGAGGCUCCAGGAGAGCAAGAAAUCCUUCAAGAAGUUAAAGCAAACGAUUCGGAUUUCAAAAUGCCUGAAGUCUCAGUGGGCAAAACCCCUGUGUCCAUUGAAAAUAUUGAAAAUGCCAUUUACGGCGAAUUGGUAAAUUCUUCGGAAGAGACAGAAAAUAUGCAGCCCAUCGAAAUGGCCACAGUACCCUCAACACUUCUAGAAAAUUUAGUAACCCAGGCCGCACCAACAAAUUCCGGAGAGAUUAUCGAACAAAAUGAACAACCUCCAAAGGAUGCGGAACCAACUGCAAAUAAUGAAAAUUUCGAACAAGUUGAAAAUUCCGGUCAAAUCCAAAAUGAAACUCAGGAGAAUGAAAACUAUGACUACAACACCUCUCCUAACCACCUUCCAUCGGAGGAAGCUAACAAUGAUGCUACCGGCUAUGCAGGUUAUGAAACAAAUGCCCUUGCCGAAGAAACCCCCUCCAUGGAACAACAACAACAGGAAUAUGAUUACAGUCAAUAUGAUCCUAGCCAGUAUAACUAUCCUGGAUAUAUUUAUGAUGAGACGACAGGAGAAUAUAAACCCGAUCCGAAUGCCAGUACCGAACAAUAUCAGCAAGAUGCGCAAUAUGCGGAGAAUUAUGAUCAACAACAAUAUCAGCAGCAGCAGGAUGGUUAUGACUACAAUCAGGUGGCAUAUGAGGAGCAACAGGAAGUAACACCCCCCGACAAUUCGGAAGGUGGAGUUACUGGAGAGGUCUAUGGGAAUUAUGAUAACACACAACAAGAACAAAUAGAAGCAACAGUAGAUAGCAACCUCAAUGAAAAACCAACAAAAGACAGCGAGGCCAUCCAAGAUACCCCAGCAGAUGUCACCGAACCGCCGGCGCCGUCGACCUCAAAACCUAAACCCACAUCAAUUUUGGCAUCGGGAGAUAAAAAAGAUGGUUCGAAAAAUAAGAAACGUGUAAAUUUUGUCGACAGCAGUGAAACCGAUGACAGUUCCAUGGUUGCAGCGGGACAAGCAAAAUCUGCAGCGGGAGCUCCCAAGACGCCAGCUAGUGGUAAUGAAAGUGAUUUCGAUUUUUCAUCAAACAGUGAUGCUGCGGUUCCAGAAGGAAAAUAA